AUGCUGCAUGGCCUCGGGAAUAAGGAAGGGAAAGGCGUGGUUACGGGGGAGAAUAGUGGUGCUCCAAUCGAGUCGGUCGCCAACGCCGGGAAAAGUGGCAAGGGAAAGCGAGUUGCGCCUACCCCGUCCGGCGGCACUGCGGGGAAAGGAGCGGGGGAGACAUGGGGUCCUGCUGGGUUGCUGUCGAAGACAAAAGCGGCAUCACCUGCGCGGAGCGGUGGUGCUGGUCGUGCUCAAACGCUUGUGGGAAACUGGGCGUCAUCCUCUACCCCUCCUGUAGCUCCUGUCGCCGCUGCUGGGGCCUUGGGCGACGUCUGCCUUAGCGAACCGGGUUCCCCUUUUGCGUCAAACAAGAGGCAGGCCGUGACGAAGGCGAGAGAGAGCAGUCACGUGGUGGAGCUGCCCAGCCGCAGUGGUCAAGCUCCUGUCGAGAAGCCGUCUACCGUCGUUGCUGCUCGACAGGAAAAGACGAAGAAGGCCAAGGUGAUCGGCUACACGCCACCUCCUCGGCCGGACGACCAAGGCAAGACGAGAGGUUGCAAAGCUCCCUUCAGAGGACCGGGUUUCAGGUGGCGGAAGGGUAAGCCGGUUUCCGAGCAGACCGUCGGCGGGAGGAAGCGGUUCCUUGGCACUUUUGACACGGAGAAGGACCAGAAGUUCUGUACGGCCAUCUGCUGGCGCGUGUACUUCCCCGACAUAGUCCUUACGGAGUACGAGGUGUUCACGGUGCAGGAUGAGAAGGACUGGAAGGUCUAUCUCGACGCGGCCGCUGGUAUGCCUACCGACGUUUGGAGCGUGGCGCAAGAACAAGGGGAAUGUCGUUUCGACGAGUUUGAGUCGCUGCUGGCGACGGCAAAUAAGGAAGUGAGAGCUGGAACCGAUUGGGGAAUCGCUCUGUGCGCGGCGAUUGGUAUGGUUGCGACGCUUGGCCAGAAGCAUGGGAACGUGAUAUAUCCAGUCCCGAAGGGCAUGGCGGCGACACCGCACAUGAUGGCCAUCGCCGCAACUGUGGCGAGCUUGUGGGCGGCCUGCAGGAAGCUGUCGAGGGAAGAUAUUCAGGCGCAUGCUCUAGCUGUCGCAAACGCAGCGCACUACGCCACGGAAAUGGCGACAAAGGCUCGUGCGGCUGCCAUGGCGGCGCUCGUGUCCGUAGUUACGCACGUCGGCAGGACGUUCCCGGCCAAGCAGUGGCCCGAUCAGCUGUAUUCGUCGGCUGUCGAAGGUCUCGGCUCGGCGGACGCCACAGUGUUGCAGAUGCUGCGCGUGGCAGCACAGGUCUGUACGCAAUGGUGCUGCUGUCGAGCUGCUGCCCGCCUGCUGGAGGAUGCGGGCUAUGGCAGCCUGGCUAUGCUAGAAGAGAAGAGCAAGGCGAAGCUGGGCGACGAAGAUGCUACGGAGAUGGAAAUGGGCGGGCAAGGGGAGUAG